AAUUGCUACACCGGCAAUACCUGGAAUACAACCCUAUGCGCCGACAACAAGAGUUGCGCAACAGAUUGUGCCCUCGAAGGCGCCGACUACAAGGCAACAUACGGAGCCGCCACUAGUGGCAAUUCGCUGAAGCUCGAAUUCGUUACUAAAGGCACAUCUGCAACUAAUAUC